AUGUUUGUAGAAAAGAGACUGUAUUUUCCUAUCCUUCUCUUCAUUUAUCUCCUCUUAUGUUCGUCUCGAUUUGCUAUAUCGCAACCUUUACAGGACUACAACUUCACUCUUUUGAAUUCUACUGCAGGGCUUGCCGGGAUUUCCUCUUUCUGGAUCAACAUACCCUCCUCUAUUGAUGUUAAUUCCACCGACGGCUUCUUUGGUUUGGUGACACCCAUACUUCAGCGAAGAAAUGCUGGCUCACGAUUCCUCUGUGGCUUCUACUGCAAUUUCUUUGUCACCGAAUGCCUUCUUGGUAUCCUUUUGUACCACAUCAACUACAACGAGGAGAGCGAUGUGAUAAAUAAACCCCAGUUAGUUUGGUCUGCUAACAGGAACCAUCCAGUGAAAGUCAAUGCAACCUUGCAACUAGGCCAUGAUGGCAACUUGGUCUUGACGGACUCUGAUGGCACUCUUGUUUGGUCCACUAAUACUACUGGAAAAUCUGUUUCUGGCAUAAACUUAACAGAAAUGGGAAAUCUUGUGCUCUUUGAUAAGAGAAAGCGCGCAAUUUGGCAGUCUUUUGAUCAUCCUACGGAUUGUUUGCUUCCAGGGCAGAAUUCUACUGCCGGGCUUUCCUCUUUCUGGAUCAACAGGCCCUCUCUUUUUACUAAUUCCACUGCCGACUUAUUUGGUACCAUGCCAAUGAAUGCCUUCUUGGUAUCGUUUUGUACCCCAACAAAUACAACGAGGACGGUGUUAUAG